UCGAAUAUAUAUUCGCCAAAAGAGAGGGAAAGCUCGACGCCGCCGACAACAUGCCACGAACGACGACGGUGGCCGCCCCUGGUUGCCCUACCCUGCGCGCUGUGACCUUCGAUACUCUUGGCCUCGUCAAAGUUGUUGAAGCACGAGAAGGACAGGAUGGAGGAGCUGCAAAGGUGGUGGAGAGGUGGGGCGAACCGGAUUCGUCCAAGUGCGUACUCGCUGCUUCGAUUUUUGAUCGAGAAUCCGACCCGCUGAUCGGCAUUGCGAGGAAGUGUGGUUCGAUUGAGGUGAUGAGUGCUAUUACUGGGGAUCUACGUUUUCACAGUCCGACUCUUUAUGAAGCUUCAGAAUGUCUCGAGAACGAAGCUGUGAUAGGAUUGCAUAUGUUUCAAAAAAAGCUAUCCGAGUCAUCUCCGAGAUCAUGUAAAUUGCUUACCUGCACAAAUAAAGGACGUGCAAGUGUGGAAUCUGUCAAGUUAGGGCAAACUCCAGCUGAAUCUGUUCGCGAUCCAUCUCCAACAGUGUGGAAGGUUUGUGGGUCCGGUAAUAUUUUGUGUUCAAAGGUGGAUGAUAGUGAGAACUACGCUUUGUUUGGAGGGAAGGGUGUUGAAGCUAAUGUUUGGGAUCUUCAAAAGGGCAGUAAGAUCUGGGCUGCAAAAUCUCCUGUGAAAAACACUCUUGGAAUAUUCACCCCAACUUGGUUCACAUCAGCAACCUUCUUGAAUAAAGAUGAUCACCGUAAACUUGUUGCUGGAACCAAUUCUCAUCAGGUUCGCCUCUACGAUAUUUCUGCUCAGAGAAGGCCAGUCAUAUCAAUUGAUUUUAGAGAAAUGCCUAUUACAGCUGUUUCGGAGGAUGGUGAUGGACAUACAAUAUAUGUAGGAAAUGGCUCUGGUGACCUUGCUUCCAUUGACAUCCGCACAGGUAAACUCCUGGGAUGCUUUAUUGGAAAAUGUUCUGGAAGUAUAAAAUCCAUAGUCAAACACCAUAAACUUCCAGUAGUCGCCUCAUGCGGACUUGAUAGUUACUUGCGGAUUUGGGAUGUACAUUCACGGCAACUUCUGUCAGCGAUUUUCUUAAAACAACACCUUACUGGGGUGGUUUUUGAUUCACAUUUCAGUACAGAAGAUUCUGCUCCCAAACCGAAUAUUGACAGUGCUGAGGUAGAAGCAAUACCUUCAAAACGAAAACAUGGAUCUAAAGAAAAGCGUGGAAGUAAGAAGAUGAAGUCGAAGACAGAUGACAAGAGAUUCGAAGGAGAAGAUUAACACGCGGCAUUAUAUGGGUAAAUCUAAUCUAUUUAUCCAGUUUUGCCGUUGUGUUAUCUAGCUUUUGUGUUUUUACUUUUAUCUUAUGAGUAAUCGAUCUUAAGGCAAGAUAUUGACAAUAGUAUCAGAAAAGCUGCAAAGCGAAAGCUCCUUCGCUUGUGUCGAACUUUAUUUUUGUUAUGAGAAAAUUGUGUUUGGUGGUUGUAAUAUUUGAUCUCUUUAGGCAAAGAAAUGUUUCUAAUGUUUAUGGUAUGUUUCAGCAGCUAUUGCUGAGUUUUUGUCAUA